AAAGUACAUAUCCUAUUACGCUACGCAUAGGAUCUGAAAACGAGCUAUUGAUGGCCUCGUUCUGACAACCCUUUCGCUAGCCAAUCAGAGGUAAACUUACAACAUCCCGCAAAGCUAUAUUUAGCCUUGGGAAUUCCUUGUGAUUUUCACGGGAUUAUAAUUCUUAUGACGACAACAUCAUGGCUGCGCCCUCGUGAUUUCAUGGUAAUAUAUCAACAAGAGUUAUUUUUAUUAUUCUGGCAGAUUUAUAUAGCGCCCUUUUCAUCAUAAACUGUUUCAAAGGCACUUUACAUUUUGAAGAAGACAGAAAUGGCGCAGUCCACGCCUAGGAAACAACACAUUGUGACAGAUAAAUGUGCAUUAUGCAGUUUUUCAUUUUGUAACAUUGAAAUAACAUCUUCAGGUGAAACAUUCAAAAAUACAACUUAUUUGAACAGAAAACUGAAGUUGACAGUGGAGAAAAUUGAAGACUUAAAAGUUAUACUUGGUGUCCGUGAUUUUGUUCCAACUGAAACAGGCAUAUGUAUUAAAUGCUACAGGAAAGUAGAAAGUGUUAAAAAAACAGAAAAGGAAUUGCAGAAAACAAAACAAACAAUAUUUGAUUCUUUUUUGCUAUCGUCGUCAAACAGAGAGGUUGUUGUGAAAAGACUUGCUGAGUCACCGUCAAAGGGAGUGAAAAAAGUGUUUUCCCCUAGCAUUAUGCAUAGAACCAAAUUAAAUACUUCUGAGAUGCAAAGUAAGCAGACUUUCAAGAGAAGUAACACACUUCAACUGAUUGAAGAUUGUCCAUGUAUCCUGCCUUGUGAUGUUAAGCCUUCUGUUAUCCCUCUUGUCUGUACAG